AUGACAGAAAAGGUGAAGGGUAAGGAGAAGAUGACAGAAAAGGAGAAAGGUAGAGAGAAGAUGACAGAAAAGGGGAAGGGUAGGGGGAAUAUGACAGAACAGGAGAAGAGUAGGGAGAAGAUGACAGAAAAGGGGAAGGGUAAGGAGAAGAUGACAGAUCAGGAGAAGGGUAGAGAGAAGAUGACAGAAAAGGAGAAGGGUAGGGAGAAGAUGACAGAAAAGGAGAAGGGUAGGGAGAAGAUGACAAAACAGGAGAAUGGUAAGGAGAAGAUGACAGAAAAGGAGAAGGGUAGAGAGAAGAUGACAGAAAAGGUGAAGAUGACAGAAAAGGAGAAGGGUAGGGAGAAGAUGACAGAAAAGGAGAAGGGUAAGGAGAAGAUGACAGAACAGGAGAAGGGUAGAGAGAAGAUGACAGAAAAGGAGAAGGGUAGGGAGAGGAUGACAGAAAAGGAGAAGGGUGGGAUGAAGAUGACAGAAAAGGAGAAGGGUGGGAUGAAGAUGACAGAAAAGGAGAAGGGUGAGGCGAAAAUUAUGUUUUAA